GGGUGUUACGAUAGGGGUGCAUAUAUUGACGUUGCAUGGCUAACCCAGCAAGAGCCCAGUUGGUUGAACGAAGAAGGCCGAUAAAUGGAGGAAAAGGGAGGAGGCCGGCCCAUGACUAAUCAUUGACCCAACGGACGCAUCUCCGUGCCCAGCGCCAUGAAUGGAUGGGCAGUCAGUCUGUCAUGUCAUGUGUCUUCUGCCUCUUCUGUUUUUUCUUUCUUCUCUCCAUCUCUGCGUGAAUCUCAGGCAGACAGGCCUCCAUCAAAAAACAAAGAUCGGUCUUCCCUCCCACUUCCCGUAUCUAAUACUUUCGUCUCCGGCGAGUCGCAUAAUCCUUCAGAAUCUUCAGCAACCUCCGAUUUCUUUGGGAUCCAGCUCACACCGCGUCCUUCGUUUUUUUUUUUUUUUUAUUCGGCUGGGAGCUGGCUCAGGCUUUCUGAAUCGGAGAUGUCGAGUGGAAAUGCAGACAAGGAAAUGAUGGAGCACGAGGGUGCUCAACUCGAUCAACACGCUGAGAACAAAGGAUUGGAUGAGAGCGGAGAUCACAAAGUUUCCGACGGAAACGCCGAUAACAACCCUUCUCCCUCGCCGGAGCAGGAGGAGCAAAUAAUUCGGAGCAAGUAUGGAGGGAUUUUGCCCAAGAAGAAGCCAUUGAUAUCCAAGGAUCAUGAGCGUGCUUUCUUUGACUCUGCGGAUUGGGCAUUGGGAAAGCAAGGAGCACAAAAGCCUAAAGGACCUCUUGAAGCUCUCCGCCCCAAAUUGCAGCCGAAUCGACAACAGCAAUCGAGAGCCAGGCGAUCAGCUUAUGCUCGUGGCGAAGGUGGAAUGGCACCUGAUGAUCAGACUUACCCUACCGAUGAUGAGCCUGGCCAAUCGAACGAAUCAGCAACAGCUGAGGAGCAGAGUGAGCAAUCCCAAGUUCAAUAGGCUGCCUCCCCUCAUUCAUGCGAGGUUGAUUUUUGCUGCUGUUCAUUCAAUAUGCUCUAUGGGUUUGGGAGUUGAACAUGAACUAGACAUGGGUGGAUUUUCUGAAUAACCAGGCGUUGAGAUGUGUUUUUCCCCCUUGCUGCUGCGUCUGUUUUCUACUAUUUAGGGAUGUGAUUCAUACAAGACUGUAGAAGUGCUUGGGGAGGAUUGAAUCGAACCAGAGCGAGCGAAGUCCAAGUUUUGUUUUUGCAUUAAUCUACUCUUUGUGUUUCUUUAGUUGAGACUUUGAAUAUUAAUUGCACUAGUCCACCAUUCGAAGAGAAACGAUCUGGUUCUAUGAAAGUCGAAUUUAUUGCCU